AUGUUUGAAAUGGUUUCGCACUUCAAUGUUCCGUCGAACACCAGACCUUAUUCUAAUUUCAUUAGUCUUACCGUUUUUGCAUCGGACCCUGCUCCGUCCAAAUCCCCUCAAACCCCGGCCACUCCCAUUGUCCCUUCGGAUUACCAGCCACUGGUGGGAGAA